UAACGUUGACUGACAUGUUGUUUGUGAUCUAAGACCGGUUUAUCCCGGCACAGAGCGGUCAGAGAAAUGUGGCCCUCAGGAGCGGGGGACCCGGGACCCCAAGCUCCCCAACAGCGGGACCGAGGGUUCCCUGGGAAUGUGGUUUGUUGCCACCUGGCAUCCAAAAGAAUGGAGAUUUGAGGCCUCUUUCAUCAGGCACAGGUAAUGGCCGUACCCUUGCGCUCUAAGUCACUGUACAAGGAGGAUAUUGCAGUUCAUACACUGGGCACAAUUUUGCUAGUGUAACCUUGUUAUCGAGGGGCCAGAUACACCACGCCUGCUUUAGGGAGGGUAAAGAUAAUAGAGACGGGCGGGGAUUGCUGUAUGUUCGGGUGGGAGCAGUGUGGGUAAUGUAUGUUACACAAUAUUUGUUUGCCCCGAAUUCCCUUUUCUUUGCUCUUUUUUUCUCUCUACGUUGUCUUUCUUCUGCUUGCACUUUCCCUUCUUUUUCCUGUCCCACUUGUCCCCGUCCCCCCCCUCCCCCUUCAUUAUUUCCAACUUCUUUGUGCCUUACAGGUAUGGCUGCAGAGGAAUCCAGCUCAUCCCCAGGUGGGAUCACUCCCCUGCAGCAGAUUCUGGCCUCUGGUACUGGAGCUCUCCUCACCUCCCUCUUUGUGACCCCUCUGGAUGUUGUGAAGAUCAGAUUGCAGGCACAGAGGAAACCCCUCUCUAAAGUUUUGUCUGUAAAGCCUCUUCCCUGGGCACUUCCCAUGCGCCAUCCCAAAUGGCGCUGCUUCCUCUAUUGUAAUGGACUGAUGGAUCAUCUUUUCGUGUGCCAACAUGCCACGGCUUGCAGCACCUGGUAUCGAGCACCAACAUACUUUAAUGGCACACUGGAUGCAUUUGUAAAAAUUACACGGCAUGAAGGUUUAACAUCACUAUGGAGUGGACUGCCCCCGACAUUAGUGAUGGCUGUACCUGCUACCAUCAUAUAUUUCACAUGUUACGAUCAGUUGCGAGAUUUCCUUUGUUAUGGGCUCGGCUACCAUGGCAGCCACAUUCCCCUCAUAGCUGGAGCUCUUGCUCGCUUGGGAGCCGUUACAGUUAUUAGCCCACUUGAGCUGAUUCGCACUAAGAUGCAGUCUCGCCAGCUUUCCUACAUGGAGUUGGGUGUCUGUCUGCGGUCUGCAGUUUCUCAGGAUGGAUGGCUGUCUCUUUGGAAAGGAUGGGGACCAACAGUGCUGAGAGAUGUCCCAUUCUCUGCUCUGUACUGGUUUAAUUAUGAACUUGUGAAGAAGAAGAUGAGCAACACCAAAGCAGCUGUAGAGAGCCCCUUCCUAGUCAGCUUCAGCGCUGGUGCUGUGUCUGGAGCGGUUGCUGCAGUACUUACUCUGCCAUUUGAUGUAGUGAAGACCCAGAGACAGAUUGAGUUGGGAAACCUGGAACUAGGUCCAUCCAGAAAACAGAGAUCUUCCACCUGGGGGGCCAUGCGUAGAAUUCGAGCAGAAUCUGGAACUAGAGGCCUGUUUGCAGGUUUUCUCCCGCGAGUCAUUAAAGUUGCUCCUGCCUGCGCCAUAAUGAUCAGCUCAUAUGAGUUUGGAAAGAACUUCUUCCAACAACAGAACAAGAUAAAACAACAAAACGUAUGAGAGGAAACAUUUGAAUUUUAACAUUUAAAAAAAAAAAGAAAAAAAAUCAAAGAAAGAAACAAACAAACAACCCUCCUACACAGCACAACCUCUGUAAUCUUAAAGGUGCAUCAAAUCUUGACAUACAUCUACUGCAUGAUCCUGAAAAGAAUACAGAGAGACCUGCUAUUUAUGUUGAAAUAACCGGUGGAGAGCUAUGAACCUAGAAUUAAGGUUUGAGGACAUAAAGCCAUGGUCUAUAGAAUAUUGACAGAGCAUACAAAUGAAACAGCAGUGAGAUAAUAGUCUGUUAUGUGAUUGUAAGUUAUUAAAGGGGCUGAUCAACUUUUAUUACAAUGUAGACAAUUUGCAAUUGGUUUUCAUUUUUUAUUUGUGGUUGAGAUUGGAAUAUGAAUAGGAGGGGGCCCAGAAGGAAAGUCAUGGAAUAAAAGUUGUAAGCUCACAGAGCAGUAGUUUUUUAGAUGAUGGGGUGUGUGACCCCCCUGUUAAAAAGCUGGAAAGAGAACGGGAAUAAUUCAAAAACUGUAAAAAAUAAAUAAUGAAGUCCAAUUGCAAAGUUGCUAGGAACAGGACAUUCUAUAACUUUAAAUGAAUCACCCCUUUAAGAAACUGAAGCUUCUGAAAGGGGAGGAAGUAGGCUGCAAUAGCCCAGUUGUAAACAGUGCUGGGAGAAGUGGUUACUCACUGUAGCCCCCUGGUCUGUAAUUAGAAUAUCUCCUCAUUAUUUUUUUUGUAGAUCUAAGGCUCUAGGGUUUAGAAAUUGAUUUCUGUCCAUGUCAGGAAGAUGAUUUGCGCAGAUCAAGCCAGAUUAGAUCUGCUUUUAAUCAUAUUCUGUCAUUUACAUGGUCCAUUGUUGGACUAAGGAUAGAAAGGAGUUUGUGAACUUUGGACCAGCAGUGCUUGUCACUGAACAUUAUCACAUGCCAUUCUAAUGUGAGCCCAUCGGCUCUGUUCCUCAGCUGCACGGCUGGGACUGUAAGCAUCGCUGACUCACGGAUGUGCCCAAGGCAUAACGUUUGGGCAGAAGUGACCGGCUGCUGCUGCCUGGAACUGUAUGUUCAUCUUCACUGCCCAUUCCUAUAAACAUGUUCAUCUUCACUGCCCAUUCCUAUAAACAUGUUCAUCUUCACUGCCCAUUCCUAUAAACAUGUUCAUCUUCACUGCCCAUUCCUAUAAACAUGUUCAUCUUCACUGCCCAUUCCUAUAAACAUGUUCAUCUUCACUGCCCAUUCCUAUAAACAUGUUCAUCUUCACUGCCCAUUCCUAUAAACAUGUUCAUCUUCACUGCCCAUUCCUAUAAACAUGUUCAUCUUCACUGCCCAUUCCUAUAAACAUGUUCAUCUUCACUGCCCAUUCCUAUAAACAUGUUCAUCUUCACUGCCCAUUCCUAUAAACAUGUUCAUCUUCACUGCCCAUUCCUAUAAACAUGUUCAUCUUCACUGCCCAUUCCUAUAAACAUGUUCAUCUUCACUGCCCAUUCCUAUAAACAUGUUCAUCUUCACUGCCCAUUCCUAUAAACAUGUUCAUCUUCACUGCCCAUUCCUAUAAACAUGUUCAUCUUCACUGCCCAUUCCUAUAAACAUUCACAAGUCUUCUGCCAUCUUUAGGAAAUAUAAUUUAGGAGUAAACCAGUACCAAACCAAAAGUGUUCAUCUCCACUUUACCAUAACUGCACAAAAUCAGACAAUCAGAAUAUUUAUAUUAAUUAUGGCAUUAUGUUUAUAUUUUUGAGAACCCCCCCCCCCCACCAAUGCACAGCAAGUGUGGCUGCAUCCUCAAACGCAUGAUUUAAAGCAGCUAAUACCAAUGAACUCUGAAGCAACCAUAAGGAAGACACAUUGUACAGAAAAUCCAGGAAAAACUAGAGGUGUCACGGUGAAAUGUGCUGUGCUCAAGACUUCGGGGAUGUUAUUGGAUAAAAAAAAUCUGAGAGAGGACUCAAGUCGGAAUGUGGAUAAGAACAAUUUGGGACUGAUUUCUGAUCCACAUUCUUGAAAAUAAGUGGCUUUGUUCCACACUGCAUCAGGUUAAAUGGAACCCUGUAUACUGGACAUUCUUAUGCGGGCAGGGGAUUCACAUUCAGCCCAUGGUUAUUAUGAGCAACACGCAUGUUCACCUGUCCUACAAAGUGCCUGCUCCUUUAAGUUGCAGCUGCCCACAUCCUGCCUGGAGGGUAUAAAUGCACAUGGACUAC